UCCUUGAAUGAGGAUAUAAUGACAAAUUUAGUCAUUGUCAUCUACUUGUGAACCAGUUACUGUGCAAAUAUCGUAGUCGGUGUCAAUGCAGACCUAUCCAGCGUUUUCAAAUCUUUCUAAUCAAUGGCUUUAUAAAAUUGAUAUUUGAAACAAUCUUACACAACAAUUUUCAAUUCUAAUGGCUUUGAUUGUUAGACCUGCUAGGUCAUCAGUAAUUGAAUUGUUUUGUGUACCAGCCAAAAAUAUAGAAGUACAAUCAAUAUUCAAUUGUGUUGGACUGUCCUGAUAAAAAAAUAUCAACAUUAUUAAAACAAGUUACAAAUAUGUGUCCCCAUAAGUAAUCCAAUAUUAGGUCGAAACAACAAAGCUGACUGUCAUGUGCCUGAAAGCAACAACUGACUGUCCUCGAUCCCAAAUCCCAGCAUUCAGCAACAACUUGUGACCCAUUCCAACCUCCUAGAAUAUACCAUUCCACUCUCCGAUUGGAUCUAAAUUAGAAUGCCCUAGAUCUAUCCCCAUCAAUUUCACAUCAAAUGAAGCCUGUAGUAUAAUCCUCUAUGUCAACUGUCUUUUCAGAGUUGCAUUUCCAUGGCAACGAGAAAGUGUACUUCCUGUUUAUCAUUAUGAUAAUCUCUGAGUGGUGGCAGGAUCCGUUAUCAGACGACAUCUACGCGACGUUAAAGCACAAAGAGGAAGAGAUACCUCGGUAUCUCGCCCAGUCGCCACAACUUCAUCAGAGGCGAUAUCUCGUUGAUUGGGCGGCAGAGAUUUGCGACCAGUUUUCAUUAUGCUACACGACACGCCACCUAGCGAUUCAUCUGCUGGACUUCUUCAUGGACAACUUCUUCAUCGACCUGGAUAGGAUCUUCUUGGUUGUGUUGGGUUGCAUUCUCGUGGCCAGCAAAUAUGAAGAAAAAGAAGUGGACAUUCCGCGGUGGCCCCAACUCAACAACUAUAUCCACAACAGCACUUUUACCGGGCUGGAAUUUGUCCAAAUGGAGAUCACGCUAUUGACGUUUUUCAAGUGGCAAGUAGGGAUUCCCACCGCUGCCCACUUUACGGACUACUUCUUAAUGAUAUCUCUCAAGGCGAUUAUGGUGCACUGUGAGAGUCCAAACUGGGUGAACCAGAUCCAAUACUUCAUGGCCAAAUAUAUCGAUUACUUUUUGGAGAUAUCAUUACAAGACCAAACCUACAGAAAGUACCGUCCGUCCCUUGUGGCUGCAGCCAGUAUCACAGCAUCAAGAAUCUGCCUCAAUAUUCCACCAUCUUGGCCAAAAGAGAUGGAACAAGCCUCAGGUUAUUUAUGGGAAGAAAUUGAAGAUCCUGUUUGCCGUAUGCUCGAGUCUCAAAAAGUCGACCGAAACAAAGACGAAACGCAGAAGUCGACUCCUCCACCGACAAAAAUGCCUCUCAAGGCCCCAGACUCUGGUUAUCGAUCGACCUAAGCCGUCCCAGGGUGUCCUUCUCUCAUAGAAUUAUGUUGCUUUGAGGAAGAGGAUUUGAGGACAGUUAAGAAAGCCUGAUCAGGCUUUGUACAUGUAGAUACUUUUGUUGUGAACUUCAAGAUUAUCUUGGUAUUCAGUUAUGAAUAGACAAGUAGGUUAUAAUCCUUCUUUGAAGAAAACUAAUCAUGUGAGUGAAAUUAGUCCAAAAUUCUGCUUGUCAGAAAAAAAAUUGUAUUCCGUUCAUCGAACCUGUUUUAUAUUAUUUCAAUUAAGUUUAAUUAUUCUCAGGAAAGGGGUGCUGAUGCAAAGUGGCGGGCUUAUACCUUCCCUUAUAAACAUUGUCUUGUUGAAGUAAUUGUCUCGAAGCCUUAUCUGAGGAUCUCUGCAUCUAGUCAAAUCAAAAGAGAUCAAAGAUCAAAAAUAUGAUGUGUCUGCCCUCCAAGAAAACUUAGGCUUUGGAGGGUCAACCCUGAAAUGUUGUUUUUGAAUCUUUUUCUUUAUGGUGCUCGUGUUUUCUGCUGCCUCAUAGACAUAAGUGCGGAAAACUCCCAGACAUUACAUGUAUCAUUUCCUCUUAUGUUCUAUGAAUAAGUGUAUCUUGUUUAAACCUGUGUUCUCUUCUUGAAAAAUAACUUUUUCAAUGUAUUCUUGCUCAUUCGAUCUGAUUGCCUAAGAUUGGGCUUGUAAUUUGUGCAAUUUUCAUUUGUUCUUGAAACUUUACUUUCACUGUUUGUUGACAACAUAUUAUUUGUUCUUGAAACUUUACUUUCACUGUUUGUUGACAGCAUAUUAUUAACAACAAAGUUACCUGUGCUACUGACUGUAGCUGUGAUGUAUUAUUUUUGUAUUUUUUGUUUCUGCCCAAUAACCAAGAGCCUAACCACAAAGGGAUUGUCUCAUCUACAUGUUGACAAUACUAAAGAUUUGUUAUUAUUUAUAUGAUUUUGAUCUAGUUGAUGUUGUCUGGAUAAAUAUUCUUCAAAUAUGAUUCUCAGGGUGCUGUAUGCCCAUCAUAUCACACUGCCAAACCAAUUCCUUACUUCAUACAUUGUAAAUAACAACCAAAGAAGUCUCCAAUAAAGUUCUGUUCACUCUUAGAAACAUCUCAUCCCUGCGAGAUAUAUCCAGUGAGGGAAAAUUAUGAUGAGUUUUACACUCAACUCCUUGGGACAAGAGCAUCCUUUGGUUACAGCCUUCAGAUGGUCCAAAGAUCAAAUAAGAACCAUAAGUUUAGGUAAAAAUGUAUUGCAAAAUGUGAAGUUCAUUUCUCUUGAAAUAAUGCAAACUAUUCACCACAUAAACAUUCCCACUUAUUCUUAAUCAGUUUGCAUUCUUCAUACAUACCACAACAUUGGGUGCUCUUUGUGUUGUUCACAAGCAUACUGUGUGUGUCUUGUGAAGUAAACUUUGUUUUUGUUUUGCAAAGAUUUAAAUUGUUCAGUCUGUGAAAUAUAAUUUUGAUAAAAAUGUUUCUCAGACACGACACAUUAUUCAGGUUGUUUCAUGUGCUGCACCUGCACAAUCUUGCCAACAAGGUGUACAUUUUGUUUAUUUUUUCAAUAAAUAUUUUCAUAACGUA